CAACACCCCAGCCGAUAUGUCAGUCGUAUGCAGACGGUUCGGUACGGCACACCGGACGUGGUUUGCUCUGUAUCGAGGAAGCUGGUGUCCAAAGGGAGGCCCCCCUUCAAGCUCCGGGGCGGCGGCCCACCGCCCCCGGGAGGGAGCGGUUUGGCGGGCCGUCGACUGGACCUCCCCCCUUCGACCGUCAGAAACAGCCGCGUGACUUCCCCUUGCAUGGGCACAGUCCGCCUCCCUUGGCUCUCGCCGGGCUCGCGUCUAAACUCAGUUUAGUAAACUCGCCGAUCCGUUGCGCCGCACGCGAUCACGUCGCUUAACGCUCAGCGCGGUUUCCCCCUUGAGAGGCUUUCAGGGGUAAAACCUGCCGGACGUGGCUGCCCUCCCCUGGUGGCCUGUCGGGCAGGAGGUGCACCAUUGGUCCGGAC